GUAAGUGACAGAUCCUCGCAUUAAAGCAAUAAGAUUGCAUGUUACCAAAUUCGUGUACAUCGAAUCGAGUCAAGCACGACCUGGUCGUACGAUGCAAGUAGGACUACUUCAAGUCCUGUUUGGGAGAACGGUCUUUUUGUCGUUAAUAUGGCUGGUUUCAACGACACGUAAUAUAGGAACUAUUUUACUUGAUAGUCUCGAGACCGAAACACUUGCAGGCAAAGGUUUUCAAAUUUGCUGGUGGUCCUCCAAUGUCCGAAGCCAGCUUAGCAGCUUAGGUGAAAACUGGCAGGAGAAUAGUGAAGGAGACCGCUGGUUUGCUAAUGAGUCUGAGCAGCAAUGAGGAAGUGAUCGACCAGAACUUGUACGGGCUAGAAGUUCUAGAAAAGUUCUAACCUGUGUAGUGACAUGAAAUAUUUGUGCUCGUCUCCACCCUAUUAUCCCCGC